UCAGCGCUGCAUAUCAACAGACUUCAGACAACGUGGAGGAGAGAGAAGAGGACUGAGCUAAGUUUCCAAACAGCAGUCAUCAUGAAGACCGUCACAAAGCGACACUGGGUUCUCAUAUCUCUACACUGUUUUCUGGUUGGCAGUUUAGUUGAUUCCUCUUCCUCGUCCUCCCGCUUGCUCUCCGUCACCUCCAAGGUGGGGAACCGGGCGGUCCUUCCCUGCAGCUGGAAGCAGCGCCUCCAGUUGACCCCGUCGGCCUGCCACGUCCAGUGGGCGACGCCGGCCGACACCGUGUUCGAGAUGAACGGGAACGACAAGUGGGAGGCGGAGGAGUUCGAGGGCCGGGUGGAGGUUCCCGAGGAGAAGCUGGGGUCCGGGAACUGUUCUCUGAUCAUCAAUGACGUCCAGAUCGGAGACUCGGGGAGAUACGAGAGCUUCAUGGUGGUGGACGGGAUGAUGGCCAUGAAGACCAAGGUCUUCAUCCAGGGCGUCAAGCUGUCCGUGUUCGACCACAAAUCCUUCCAGUCUCGAGGUCCAGGUGAGGACUUAGUCCUGGAGCUCUACACCCGUCACUCUAUGAGAGUCGUCUUCCAGGACAGGAACAGCUCGGAGUGGUCGGUCCUGUGGAAGAGGGAGGACGAAGACAGCGAGCGUCUGCAGAGGCAUUCGGUCAACGAGCAGCUGAGGAUGAGGAAGCUGAAGAGCUCGGACGAAGGAAUCUACAAAGUCCUGGACGAGCGCGGCCUCGCCGUCAGCACCGUGCAGCUCUCGGUGGAAGAAAACUCCACAGCUCUCAAACGCCACCAGCUUCUGGAGAAACAAGCGCUGACAGAUGACGCUGUCAGAAGCAGCUGUUCAGCUCUUCUCUUCUCUGUUCUCGUCACGAGUUUCCAAAUUAUUCAUCUCCUCUGAUUACAAUCCUCUCUGCAAAUGAAACACACACACACACACACACACAUAUGUGUGUGUGUGUGUGUAUAUACAUAUAAACACACACACACACAGUAUGUGUGUGUGUGUGUGUAUACAUAUAAACAGCUACCGACACAGUAGAGCCAGCAGAUGAUAACUGUUCCAUCAGACUGUGGUGUUUCUGAACGUUAGAGGUGUUUCUGAUGAGUCAGGUGUUUGUCUUUGAGUCGACUGUAAGUUAAGAGAGAGUGACGGAGUGUCUGAAAUGUGAUUUAAGUGAAGAAAAGUUUUGUUUGUUUGUUUUUUUUAAACACUCCGACGUCGACAAAGAUAAAAUGAACUGAUCUCAAAAUAAUUUGUUUUAAAAGAAAAAUUCUACAUUUUUGGAAAUCUUAUUUAGUUAUUUGAGAGUUAGAUGACAUCACUCACAUACCCGUCUGUUAAAUAUGAAGCUAGAGUCACGAUGUGGUUAGCCUAGCUUAGCACAAAGACUGGAAUCGGAGGGAAACAGCUAGCCUGGCUUUAUGUGAAGUUCAGAAACGCACCAACCGGCUCCUCCAACGCUCACUAAAUACAUCCUCUAUCCAAUCUGUCCAGAUCAAGUUCAUACACGUGUACAAACACAACACUCUUUAAUGGAGUGAUGUGUGAGGGACGGUCUCAUGAACUCAUGAUGAAGAACUCAGAAUGAAGGACUGAAGGUUUUCAAGUGUUAACUUCUCAAAUUAGAGAAAUCAGUUAAAAAUGUGAACGACAUCGUGCUCGAUGAAUCUGAGACUGGAAAAAAUAUAUCCUUAUAUACGUGUGUGCGUAUGUAUACGCACACACCUAUGCAAACAUACACACACACACACGUAUGUAUUUAUAUGUGUCUCCUAUGAGGAUGUAAUUAAUGUUCUGCGUUAGAAGCUGGUUGGUUUGUAGA